CAGUUUCUAAUUGGAUUUCAUUAUUUCCUUUCAGUAUUUCCCAGCCAGACUCUCUGGUUGGGAGGAACAGCUUUCACUGGAUUCUUGUCGACACUCACGGACAUCAGCAGCAGCUGCCGCUCUCAGAGACUUCACUACAUCAUCUGCCGUGACACUGCAAUGACCUCGCUCCGGCUGUUGUUCCUACUGCACUCCCUCCUUGUCCUCCAAGUCCAUCUUUCCAACCAGUUAGAAGACAACAAGAUCCCUCCCAGUCUGUGUACUGGUCACCCUGGUAUCCCAGGCUCUCCUGGAGCUCACGGCAGUGCUGGUCAGCCAGGGAGAGACGGGAGGGACGGGAGAGAUGCUGCUCCGGGAGAGAAGGGACAGAAGGGCGACAGGGGAGACCAAGGUGAGACAGGACUGCGAGGCCUGACCGGAGACAGAGGUGACCCAGGAGAGAGAGGAGAGAGGGGGCAGGCAGGGGAGUGUGCUGUGGCCCCCAAAUCAGCCUUCAGUGCCAAACUAUCUGAAGGCCUCUCUUUACCCCUCACUGUAGGCGACGUGGUCCGCUUUGACAAGAUUGUGAUCAACGAACAGGGUGACUACAACACAGAGACGGGACGCUUCACCUGCAAAGUCCCUGGAGUUUACUACUUCGCUGUCCACGCCACAGUCUAUCGUGCCAGCCUCCAGUUUGACCUAAUGAAGAACGCACACACAGUGGCAUCUUAUUUUCAGUUCUACGGCAACUGGCCCAAACCGGCAUCUCUGUCAGGCGGCUCCCUGCUUCACCUCGUCCCUGGCGACCAGGUGUGGGUCCAGAUGGCUCUGUCAGAGUACAAUGGAUUUUACUCCAGCACCAAGACAGACAGCACCUUCACCGGCUUCCUGGUGUACUCAGACUGGAAAAACUCUGCUGUGUUUGCAUGACAUGUGCUUAUGAACAAAACAAAGUCAUAUCCCACUUUGGGAAAUGAACCACAAUUUUGCCUAUUUCAGUUUUCUAAUUGAGAAGUUCUGGAUAAAGACAAGUGAAUAAGAUGUGUAGUACAUCUGUAUUUGUUUGAGAAGUAAAGAACACACCAGACAAUGUUACUUGAAUGGCACAUACCGUACUGGUGACGUGUAAAGGCACACACAUGAGCAGUAAUGUUUAUUCAGUGUCUGUUCUUCAGUUGCAGCUUUUAAACUGUCGUGACACUUAAUUCUUAUAACAGAUGUUGUGACAACGGCCUCCAGCCAACUCCAGGCCACAAAUUCAAACAGCUUCUACUCUAUUAUUGACUUUUGUUUCCCAUCAAUUUCUUCACAGCGAACAUGAAAAACUUAAUAAAUCAUCAUAGUUUUUAAAACACAAAUUACUGACAUAUUCUUGGUUAUAAAUACACAUUCAUGCAAUAAGUCAGUUGUACGCUUUUAGCUUCAAUCUCCAAACAUCAUAUUUGUGUCACUUUCUCAUAACAUGCCUGCCUGUGCACACAUCUGUUUUGAAAUGUAGACAUUUAACUGGUUGCAGUGGUGGAGGAAGUACUCAGAUGCUUUAAUUAAGUAAAAGUACCAAUAAAACUGUGUAAAAACA